CUCAUAUACAGGAUCUACUUCCGGUUAGUUCCUCCUGCAGCGGAUGUGUGAUGCAACCAGCUGUAAGGAUAUCGUCUUAACUUCUCUCACCAAGUUUUCAUAUUACAUUUAGACAGCUUGGAUUAUAUUUUCGUGUAUUUUCAUUCGUACUGAAUUGAUACGUGCGAUAAUUAAACUCUAAUUAUCUCCAGUCUGUUUCGCUCAUAGGUUUCUCUUGCUAACGCUGCUCUGCUCCGUAUCGACACUUUUCUACAUGGCAGCUAGCUAACACCCCGUCCAUGUUAUUCAGUUUCACUCACUUUUAAAUACUUUUAUCUGUGAAGCUCGGUCCCUCGUCCUCUCCUCUUUUUGCCAGCGAUCGACCCUUACCCACUGGGUCUCCCUAUGCGCUUAUUGUAAAGCGCUGGGUGCCAGUCGAGUCACCCGACCUGAACCUUGUUGUCGACUGGAUCUAUCUUUAAAUGGCCACCGCAGCUCCCCCUCCAGCUUCUGGCUCCACUGCGGCCACUGAGAACCCGAACCCAAAUCCCGGAUCCAGCAGCUCGAACGCGGCCGAAAGUGGAAACCAGGACAGCACCUUUGAGUGUAAUAUAUGUCUAGACACGGCCAAGGAUGCAGUGAUCAGCUUGUGUGGACACCUCUUUUGCUGGCCGUGCUUACACCAGUGGUUGGAGACGAGACCAAACAGACAAGUGUGCCCGGUGUGUAAAGCUGGCAUCAGCAGAGACAAAGUUAUUCCCUUAUAUGGGCGGGGAAGCACAGGUCAACAAGACCCCAGAGAAAGAACACCCCCUCGACCACAAGGACAAAGGCCGGAGCCAGAAAACCGUGGUGGUUUUCAAGGUUUUGGCUUUGGAGAUGGAGGUUUCCAAAUGUCUUUUGGAAUCGGUGCCUUUCCAUUUGGUAUUUUUGCCACAGCUUUUAACAUCAAUGAUGGAAGACCUCCUCCAGCUGCCCCAGGGACACCACAACACAUGGAUGAACAGUUUCUGUCACGUCUUUUCCUGUUUGUCGCUCUGGUGAUUAUGUUUUGGCUGCUGAUUGCAUAACUGUGAUGGAAGGACAACAUGUUUCGGUAACCCAAAAGACAUCAUCACAGCAUGGUGUGCGUUCUGCCUUUCACACACGUGUGUUAAGCUGGUUUAUUUUCUGUCUUUGACGCAGAGAUCUGAGAUUUUAGUUAAGGUUAUUUUUUGUUCUAAAAUAAAGCUACAUGUUCUGCUGCAGGUGUAACACUUUUUAAGAUUAACAACAUGACACUGGUUGCUUAAAGGUUAUUGUACAGUCACAAUGUGUCUUUGUAAUAUCUCAAACCAAAAGUCUUCCUUAUAUUCUUCAUCAACUCGUUGAGCUGAGAGUGUUAACCAUCUGACUGUUUGAUGUGACCUUCUGUGCAUCUGUCUGUCUUUAUCAGACACAUGUUGGACACACAGGAGGUUUUAAAGGUGGAAAAAAGCUGAAGAUAUCAUGUUUGGUUCAUUUUUGAUCAAACUGAUUUUUUAAGAGUUGUUCUGUUAGCACUGCUAAAAAUAGUCUGCUAACUUAAAUAGAUCAUGAGUGUAACGUGUUCAUCAAAUUAUUCAUCUGUCAGUCCAACAUAAAUUUACUGUACAGCCUAUUUCUGGUUCCCUACUUGAUCCCUGCAGACGUCUUCAUUGAAUUGUCAUGACAAAAAAAAGGCUUAAGUAUAACUUAGAGCAUUAACAAUGGCCCUGUUGAUUUGAGUUUCCUAAUCUGCAGUCAUCAUGAAUUUAGUUAUUUCACCUCGGCCUGUUAAAAUGUUUUCUAUGAAAAGGCCCACUCAUACAGGCAAACGCAUUUCUUAAUUGUUCCAUUGAAUCCUACAGAGGUAAACACUGAUCACUGGCAUAACCAUGAUGUUUUCAUUUUUUUGGGGGAGUGGCAUUUUCACCUUUAAUGGAUAGGACAGCUGAAGAGAGACAGGAAAUGUGUGGAGUAGAGAGAGGGGAAAGACAAGCAGUAAAUGGUAGAGGCUGGAAUCAAACCUGUGACCUCUGCGACGAGCGAUUAAGCCUCUGUAUAUGGGCCGUGCGCUAAGUCCGCUAGGCCAACGACGCCCCCAGAUGAUGUUUAUCUGUUCACUAAUGAAUUGCAAGGUUUUUUGUUUCAUUUUAUUUAGCUGUAUUUAAUAAAACAAAUCUGCAUCUCAUCUGCUACUUUACAAAAAUCACACCUGAAUCAAAACAAUGUCAUACAUUGUUGUUUUAUUUGACAGAAGUUGAAAAAUACUUGUUGAUGCAUGUUAACAGUUGUACAAUGAAUCUCCGAAACAGUGUUCCUUCCCAUCUUGUAAAGUUAGAAGUUUAAUUUCUGUAUUUUUACUGUAAUUAAAAUCUAAAAUAAUGUAGAUUAUUACAGAGAAACAAAUGAACAAUGGCUGAUUGAUUAUUAAAGAGCUUUUCUAAGCGUGACAGUGGAGCUAUGUAAAUAAAUGUUAAUGCUAUUCAGAGUC